AUGUUUUCUUCAUCUUCAUUAUCAUCCUUAAAGAAAAUGACCCUUUUAUUCCCAAGAGCUGCUUCUGGUUCCCCUUUGAAAGCUGUGCAAAAUACAGUAAUGAGAUAUAAAUCUAUUGCUUUAUCUUCAACAACCACUAGCUUCCCCACUGAUCAUACUGGUAAAAAUGACGAACCAUACUUAACUCCAAGUUUCCUUGAUGGUCAAUUUAUCAAAUCUGAAUCACAACAAUGGUUUGACAUCCAUGACCCAACCACUAACCAUGUUGUUUCUAAAGUUCCACAAUCUACUCCAGAAGAAUUAGAUGCCGCUAUUGCUUCUGCUAAUGCUGCUUUCCAAACCUGGAGAGAAACUAGUGUUAUUAAACGUCAAGGUAUUGCUUUCAAAUUUGUUCAAUUAUUAAAGGAAAACAUGGAUAGAUUAGCCUCUGUGAUUGUUUUAGAACAAGGUAAAACCUUUGUCGAUGCUCAAGGUGAUGUCACUCGUGGUUUACAAGUUGCUGAAGCCGCUUGUAACAUUACUAAUGAUUUAAAGGGAGAAACUUUAGAAGUCUCUACUGAUAUGGAAACUAAAAUGAUUAGAGAACCAUUGGGUGUUGUUGCAUCCAUUUGUCCAUUCAAUUUCCCAGCUAUGGUUCCAUUAUGGUCUUUACCAUUGAUUUUAGUUACUGGUAAUACUGCUGUCCUUAAACCAUCUGAAAGAGUUCCAGGUGCUGCUAUGAUCAUUUGUGAAUUGGCUGCCAAAGCCGGUGUCCCAGCUGGUGUUCUUAAUGUUGUUCAUGGUAAACACGAUACUGUUAACAAAAUACUUGAAGAUCCAAGAAUUAAGGCUGUUACCUUUGUUGGUGGUGACAAGGCUGGUAAAUAUAUCUAUGAAAAGGGUACUUCUUUAGGUAAGAGAGUUCAAGCUAAUUUAGGUGCUAAGAACCACUUGGUUGUCUUACCAGAUGCUCACAAGCAACAAUUCAUUAAUGCCAUUAACGGUGCCGCCUUUGGUGCUGCUGGUCAAAGAUGUAUGGCUAUCUCCGUUUUAGUUACCGUUGGUAAGACUAGAGAAUGGGUUGAAGAUAUCGUUAAGGAUGCUCAAAAAUUGGUUACUGGUAGCGGAUUUGACAAAAAGAGUGAUUUAGGACCAUUGAUUAACCCAGAAAGUGUUACUAGAGCUGAAGAAAUCAUUGCUCAUUCUGUUAAAGAAGGUGCUAAGGUUGAAUUAGAUGGUAGAGGUUUCAAGCCAGAAGAUGCCCGUUUUGCCAAUGGUAAUUUCUUAGCUCCAACUAUCUUAACUGGUGUUAAGCCAGGUAUGAGAGCUUAUGAUGAAGAAAUCUUCGCUCCAGUCUUAUCUGUAAUCAACGUUGAUACUAUUGAUGAAGCAAUUGAACUAAUUAAUGCUAAUAGAUAUGGUAAUGGUGUUUCCCUUUUCACUGCUUCCGGUGGUUCUGCUCAAUACUUCACCAAGAGAAUUGAUUGUGGUCAAGUUGGUAUCAAUGUUCCAAUUCCAGUACCUUUACCAAUGUUCUCUUUCACUGGUUCAAGAGGAUCAUUCUUGGGUGAUUUGAACUUCUACGGUAAAUCAGGUAUCACAUUCUUGACUAAGCCAAAGACUAUCACUGCUGCUUGGAAGUCUAAUUUGAUCGAUGAAGAACUUUUGAAACCAUCUACUGCCUUCCCAAUCCAUCAUUAG